AUCGCAGUCAUCGCAACGCAACCAUGCCACCAACUCUCCCCGUUAUCCCACACUCCGGCCUGUAUCUUCUCACCCGCACCACCACCCAACACCUACCAAAAACCAUUACCACCACCACCCGCCGCAUCUCAACAUCCCCUUUCCUCACCACCCAUCACCACCACAACAAAUCCCCCAUAAUCACUUCGAUCGACCAACAAAUCCCCAAACCCCCACCCAAGAAAUGGAUCACCGACCUCCCUGCCCGCCUGGGGAAAUGCAUCAUCUUUGGCUGUUCUCCCUCUCAGAUUAGAGAUGCGUCGGUGAUUUUGAGAGCGGUGGCGACGGAGUGGCGGGGGUUGUUGGCGGGUGCGGAAGGGUUUUUGACGGGGGGGAGGAGGGGAGUGGAUUCAAGGGAGGUGGUCUGGGGGGAGAUGGAUAGUUUUGGCCACGUAAACAACGUCAACUACUACCGCUACGCCGAAUCCGCACGAGUCAACUGGAUCACCAACUUCUCCGUGCACGUCGACCCAGCUCACAGGCAAGAGUGGGCGGAACUAAUGCAACCAAAGGCCAUCGGUCUAAUCAUGAAGUCCCUAAAGUGUGAUUUCAAAUUCCCAAUGGUCUACCCCGACCGUAUCUCCGUCUAUCACCGCCUCUCCACGCCGCCCCAGCACGGACAAACCAGCUUCCACCUCGACUGCAUCGUCCUCUCGCACCAACAUCGCCGCGCCGCUGCCCGGCUGGAAGAAGACGUCGUCAUCUACGAUUACCGCAAGGCAGGCAAGACGGCCAUGCCCGAGUUUAUGUUGACUCAGUUUGAGAAGACGUGGAAGAUGCAGCAGGAGGAGACAAUCAGGGCGCGCAAGAGGAUAUGGGAGUUGAUUGCCGGAGUGGAGAGGUUAGAGAGGGAGACGUGGGAUCGAGAAGAUGCGAAGGAGGAUAUGGGAAGUGCGGUCAAGGGGUCAUCGUCUUGA